AUGCCCAAGUAUAAAACUGACCAUGUCAAGGCGAAGUACUUGAACAAGUGCAUUCCCACUAAGCAGGGCCUCGGCAAAUUCUUCUCAUACACCCGUCUCCUUUUCUCCCUCGAUUACACAAAGACCGAUGUCCUCCUCAUCGUAACUGCUGUCUUCUUUGCCGUUGCGGCAGGCAUCCCCUUUCCACUCCUCGGUAUCGUCUUCGGUGAUCUAAUAAACGACCUAAACACGGCUACCUGCGUCCCAUCCGAAACAUCAAAUGCCGACGUAACAGGCUCAGUACGCACAAAAGUCCUCUACGUGAUCUAUAUUACCAUCGCCAAUUUCUGCUUUAUCUAUAUCCACUGCAGCUGCUGGAGUUUGAUCAGCGAACGCAUCGCCCGGCGAUACCGUCGCCGCUACUUCGAAAGCGUGAUUAGGCAAGAAACGGGCUAUAUCGAGAGUCUACCAGCCGGAGAUGUCGUUUCCAGACUCGUGGGUGAUAUCGAGGUCGUGCAAUCCGGUACCUCGGAGAAAGUCGGUUUGGUCAUUUCUACCGUUUCAUAUUUUGUGGCUUCGUAUGUCGUUGCGUUCAUCAAAGUCCCGCAGAUUGCGGGCAUGUUGAUGUCGGUGGUGCCGUGUUUCUUUGCAAUGACUUAUGUGGGAGGAUAUUAUAUCAAGAAAUAUGGUGGGCGGAUCAGCCAGCGUGCUAAUGCUGCUACGUCUAUUGCCUCUUCGAGCUUGUCGCAUUUGAUGCUGGUGCAUGCUUUCAACGCGCACGAUCGACUAGAAAGGUUGUUUGCGGAUUAUCUCUCCGAAUCUCGGAUAGAUGCUCUUAAGAAGGCUGCAACCCAUGCUUGUCAAUUGGGAUUUCUUUAUUUCGUUGCUUACAGCGCCAAUGCCUUGGCUUUCUGGGAAGGUGCUCGUUUGAUCGCGGACUCGGUGGAAGCUGGCGGGACGGGGGUGUCAGUGGGUGCGGUAUACACGGUCAUCUUCGUCCUGAUUGAUGCUUCGUUCAUUCUCAGUCAAGUCGCGCCAUUCGUUCACGUCUUUGCUUCCGCGGCUGGCGCAGCUGAUAGACUACUCGAGGUCAUUCACCGUGAAUCGAACAUUGAUGGGACAUCCGAUUCUGGUGAUAAGUUUGCACCUUUCAAUUCCGAAGACAUCACUUUCCGAGAUGUGCACUUCACAUACCCGUCUCGCUCGGACGUGCCUGUUCUCAAAGGUGUCGACUUUGCCAUUCCGCCUCGGAAACACACUGCAAUUGUUGGUCCAUCUGGCGGAGGCAAGUCGACCAUUGUGGCCCUUUUGGAGCGUUUCUAUGAUCCCCUGUCUGGAGAAAUCUCCAUUGGAAACCAAAACUUCCGUGAUUUGAACGUGAAGUAUCUGAGAGGGAACAUUGGCUUUGUACAACAAGAGCCAUCAUUGCUGGACCGCUCAAUCCUGGAAAACAUCGCCUAUGGACUCGUCACCUCUGCAGCUGAACACCACCAAUCUUUGGCCCCCUUCAUCUUCGAUUCCACUCUCCCUGACCUAGUCGCCCAACUUCGCACAGGUCUUUCAGAAAAGAAAGCACUUGAAGGUCAUGAUCCUAAAGUGGCCGAGAUCGUGACUUUAGUACGACAGGCUGCCACCAGUUCAAAUGCUUUGAGCUUCAUUGACGCCCUACCACAUGGCCUUGCUACAACCGCAGGCUCAUCUGGCAACAUGCUGAGUGGAGGCCAGAAGCAGCGCAUUGCCCUAGCUAGAGCUCUAGUGCGAGAACCAACAUUGCUCAUCCUCGAUGAGGCGACGGCAGCAUUGGAUUCUACCAGUGAACAAUUAAUCCAAGAGGCACUGGCCAAGGUGUCGGAACGUGUGACUACUGUCUCAAUUGCACACCGUCUCGCCACGGCAAAGGAUGCACACAAAAUUGUAGUCAUCCAGAAAGGCAGAGUGGUUGAAGAAGGACCUCAUGCAGAGCUAGUCGCAAAGGGAGGCUCAUAUGCUGAGAUGGUCCGCCUUCAGAAUCUUGGAAAAUUGAGCAUCGGUACGCUUAAACAGGAUCCUAUCCGCCAAACCAGAGAGACUGCCAUUAUCGAGACAUUGCCAGUGGACAACAAGGAGGCUUUAUUGGAUGUUCUUGGUACCGAUGUCACGGAUGAAACUUUGCCUGCAUACGAGGGUGUUGUCAAAAAGGAGACCAAAAAAGAACGGAAACGACGCGAAAAAGAGCUCAAGGCAAAGAAAAAGUCCAAGCGCUCGGGUUGGUUCACCACAAAAUUCACUUGGUCUCUACUGCGUCCGAACAUGCACUUCAUCCUAAUAGGCUUUGUCAUGUCCGUCAUUAUCGGUGGUAGCUAUUCCGCCGAGGCCGUCAUCUUCGGACAUACGGUUGGCGCAUUGAGCCCCUGUGGUGGAGCAGACGGUAUCCGAUCAGGUGGAAACCUAUACGGAUUACUAUUCUUCAUUAUGGCUCUGAUUGAGCUAGGCGCAAAUGUGAUCAGCGGCUGUGCAUAUGGCUGGGCAGCCGACAAGAUCCUCUACCGGAUCCGAGUCCUCUCACUACGAUCUCUCUUGAACCAGACUAUGACGUGGCAUGGUGAUGACGAUCGCUCUCCGGGAACUCUCAUUACAUACAUCACCGGUGAUGCCACUGCAUUGAGCAGCAUCACUGGAACAACCAUCGGGCUGUUGCUGGCUACUGCCGUCAACUUAGUGGCUGGUAUGGUGAUAUCGUUCGCUAUUGCGUGGAAGAUUGCUAUCGUUCUUCUGCCCACAAUCCCUGUGCUCCUGAUCGCGGGCAUGAUGAAGCUACGCACCCAGGCCCAGUUCGCUGAACGACAUCAGAAGGCUUUUGCGAAAGCGACAGCCAUUACUGUUGAAGCCGUCAGUAACAUACGGGCUGUGUCGGCAUUUUCCCUGGAGAAGCAGUCCUAUGCAGUCUAUGAACGGGCACUCAAAGCCCCGUACCGCGAGACAUUGAAGUCGAUUGCCUUUGGCAAUGUUUUCCUUGCAACGGCGUUCAGCAUUAGCAAUCUUGUCUAUGCCCUAGCCUACUGGUGGGGUACUCGGCAGAUCAUCGCUGGACUCUACUCUCAGACUCAAUUCUUCAUUGUGUUGCCGGCUCUUUUGUUCAGUACCCAGUCUUGCGGACAGAUGUUUGCCCUUGCACCUGAUAUCUCCAAGGCUGGACUAGCAGCAUCGAACAUUGCUGAGCUGCUCACCACCCGAUCCAGCGACGAGGAGCUGAACUUUGAGACGAAGGGCCAGAAGGUCGACGUCAAUCUUCUUGAAGAGAAGAUACCUGACCCUGAAGCAGCACACCCAGAACGGCGUUUGCUCAACUCAACCGAAGCACCUCCAAUGAUGAGCGGUAUCGGUGCCGAGCUCCAAAACGUCCACUUCGAGUAUCCCUCCCGACCAGGCCAGCCCGUCCUCCGUGGUCUGAGCCUAAGAAUUCAGCCCGGUCAAUUUUGCGCCCUCGUCGGCCCCAGCGGCUCUGGUAAAUCAACAACAUUCGCCAUGCUCGAGCGCUUCUACCGUCCAGAGUCCGGUGCAGUAAUAAUCGACGGCGUCAAUAUCACCCGGCAACUAGGCACAGUAUUCCGCGACGACAUUGCGCUCGUCCCACAAGAAAACGUGAUGUUCGAAGGCACUGUCGCAUUCAACAUCGGCCUCGGAGCCCGACCCGGCCACCAACCAACACAAGCCGAAAUCGAAGGAGCAUGCCAGAUGGCCAAUGUCCACGAGGUGAUAAUGGCGUUACCUCAAGGAUACCAAACGCAAUGUAGCCACGACGGAAAACAAUUCUCUGGCGGACAGAGACAACGGCUAUCAAUUGCCCGAGCACUUGUUCGUCGCCCGCGCAUGUUACUUCUCGAUGAAUCGACUAGUGCAUUAGAUGUUGAGUCCGAGAAGAGGAUCCAGGAGGCGCUGGCUACGCUUGCUGGUCGUACGACCAUCGUUGCUAUUGCCCAUCGAUUGAACACUAUUCAUCGGGCUGAUUGCAUUUAUCUUAUUGAAGAUGGGCGUUGUGUUGAGCAGGGGACUCAUGAUGAGCUUGUUCAGGCUAGUGAGUCUUAUCGGACGAAUGUUAUUCAUCAGUCGUUGGAGACUUGA